AUAACGCUGGGUAAAUUGUGCCAUUAAAGUUCUGGCUCUGGCGUUGCUCAACCCCUCUUUCAGCACCCAAAAGUGAUUUUAGUCGGCGUUAAUCGUAAGGACUGCAUUUAAAAAGGACCACGAGAGUCCCAAAAGAAAGUGUGCGAUGGCUUCGACUCCCUCCGCUUCUGCCCUGUCAGCUGUUCUCCGGUGUCAGGGGAAUAUCCUCGCCCGAAAACAGGCGAGCAAGAAGCGGGCUCCCGCCUCAGUGUACGGGCUCGGGAUGACAUGUAGAGGAGACUCGGUCAAAUCUUAUUUUCGCUCUCUAUGGGGAUUCAUAUUUCACAGGGAGCGAGUGGAGAUUCCCGGAGUUUUGACCAUUUCAGCGCGAUUUGAAACGGGUUGUUCGGGUAAAUCUUCGAGAGGAAAUAGUGAAUCCAAAGAUCUUCUGGUCAAAAGCUCCCUAAAGACUGACAACAAAAUCUUAACCAUGAAAGUAUCAAGUGAACCAAAUCAAUGGCCAAAGACGAAACUGACGUCGGAUAAAACUUUUGCUUUUAAAUCCCAACGUUACAGUGUUUUAUCCAACAACAGCCUGGUUCUUCGACUGGAUGGCACUUAUUUACGAAAACUAAACUCAGAUUAUCCAUGCACUUGCUGUAUUUGUAUAGUUUGCGCUCGGAUGUCAGACAGUGUGCGGAAACUUGGAAUUGGCUGGAACCAGCUUCAUCCGGAUUGUGAUAAGUUUAGUGGAUGUGUCAAAUGUACUUCUGAACAUCACAAGGAUCGACCUAAGACACUGGAAGGAGCUGAACCUGGGGAAUGAGUUGUCUUCUAGAGACUGUGGAUGGCAUGCACUUCUCACAAAUGCACUUUCAUAGAUAGAUAGAAUGAUUGAUUGAUAGACAGAACUAUAGAUAUAUGUAAAUGUAUAGAAUGUCAGUAAUUGCACUCUUAUGUUCUUUCAUGUGCUGUCUUGUUUACUUCAGCUUUAUGGGAUGUAUUGUAUUGUUUUAUACACUGUCUACUUGAUUUUGCACUGUUAUUGCCAGACAAAUUUUCCCUUUGGAGUAAGAAACUAUUAUUACUAUACAAACUGCUGGCCAUCUUCAGCUUUUCUAAUCUGGUAACUUAAAAAAAAAAGUAUGAAUAAGAAUGUUAAGUGAACAGGAAUCUGAUGCUGCAAUGCUUGUUUGACUUUGUUUAUUAUUAAAUAGGCCACAUAAUAAUGCUUCAUUAAAAACAUCAAGAAUUUGUGUUUUUUUUUUUAAAUAAAUUUUACAAUCUUACAAAAAAAAAAAUUAUCUUGAGAUUUGAAUCUGACUCAAUAAAAUAAAAACAGAGCCCAAUCUGGCUCUAUUCUCAUGACUUUUUGAUUACUUCCAUCUAUAUGUCUGUCUGUCUGUCUGUAUUG